CACAGCCGCUUAGAACUAAGCAGCUGUAUUAUACGUUCAGACAUGCUGUAGGACAUGCAAGGCAACAAAAGUUUUUAAAGAGCUCCAUUUAACAUAUUAGUAGCUAAUUGUUAAUAUUAUUUUGCUUAUUUUUGUAGUAAAUCAGCUACAACCUGUAAAUAUCUUACUAUUAGCUGCUGGUUGCUAGAAGGAAUUCAAGAGAAAACGCCCAUUGAAGCUUUGCCUGUCACAAGAAGACGAUGGGUGACACCGUAGCGGAUACGGAGAAAAUGGAGGUGUCCCGCAGUUCAGAGAAGAUUGACAUGACACUUGAUGAAAUUAUUGAACUCAACAAAAAAGAACAGAAAGCAACCUCAGGUGCCCAAAGGACAAAAAAGAAGCGAAUGACAAACAGAUAUUCCAUCCUCAAAAAAUUAGGCAGAGAAGGACAGCAACGUUUUCCUUUCAAACGGGGGGCCUACCAAAUCCAGCAAGGACCAUACAGGCCUAGGUUUAUUGGGCCAUACAGACAAGGUUUCUACAGGAAAAGGCCCAACAAUUUCAAAAGAGAUCCACCAAGUACAAAUGGAGUCAGCCCCCUAAACAGGAAGCCAUGGGAUACAAAGGACACAGAACAAUUAAGCCAUCCCAGAGUGAAAACCCAGCCCUGGUUCAACAGAAAGUUCUAUCAACCCUACAGGCAUCCAGUAUGGCCUAUGAGAAGGACUCCUCAACCAUAUGCAGGAAGAAAGUUUCAACACACCAGGCAGAAUCAGGGACAGGGGACAACAAGGCCAUAUACCCUGAACAGAACGUUUCUUGCUCGGAAAAUGAAUGACAGAUUUGGCAAGUACCAGAAAGUAAGAAGCUGGAGAAAGACGCCCUCUUCUGGUUCCAUCUUGACAGUGUCCGUUCCUAACACCAAGACGGCUCCAGAUCCCCAGGCAAAGGUCAAGCAGUCUGCUGUUACAGACAUGUCCCCUGAGGCAGGAGCCGAAGCAGUUGCUCAACCCAAAGGCAUCCCUCUUAGAUUCAACUUCAAGGCUGUAGCCAAUCAGACAGGGGUGUCUCUGAACGAUCGCUUCACCGGGCUGAAGAUUAGAGGAGGCACUGGAUACAGACCGUGGAGAGGAAGGGGGAGGGGCCGAACGGUCACCCUGCAGUGACCAGUGCCAUGACCCCCCCCCAGGCCACAGAAGGCACAGCAGCACUUCCACCACCGUGCCUGUUUUUCCAGACUGCUGCGCAGACUCAUCUCCACAGCAAAGAGAUUGACGUGCAGCAUCUCAAAUGAAAUAGGGCCUAAUCAAAUAAAUAGGCCAUCAGCAGCUUUGAGUAUCACACAUUAGGCUUGGUGCGGUCUGGCUUAACUUUUCUUUGAUGAAACAUGUUAAAUUUAUAGUGUGACAUCUGCCACCCAUCAAGCUAUGAAAUAUUUUCCCUGGUCCAUAAGGCAAGACUUUCUGUACAGUUAAAUGAAAAGUGCCUAGCCCAUGCAAUUAGUAGGCAGGACCAGAAGGCCUCACAUAACUGAAAACUAUGACUUUUGAAUACGUAUGAAGAAAUGUUAGGUUUUUGUGUUAUCUACUGUAUGUGCAAGCAAACAUCUGAAUAUUAACUGUUAUUAUUUGCA